GCCCGAAAAUUAAUAAUGUUUCGCCGAUGCAGUUUAAAAAUUUACGAUUCAAUUAAAACAAUUUCAGCCGGAUUUUGUACGAUGAGUGAAAAAAUACCCAUAAGAAAACCCAGGUAUGAUGGUAGAAGUAAGAAAAGGAAAUGGGAAGAAAGACGAACGGAUCAAGGUGAAGCAUUUGAUGUUAAAAGGGAAAAAACCGAGGAUAGAGUUAAAAAAAGAAAGUAUGCUAUUUUAUUAGGAUAUUCUGGGUCUAAUUAUUUUGGAAUGCAACGUAAUGUAUUUACAAAAACAAUCGAAGAAGAUUUAUUUAAAGCACUUUUAGAUAGCAAACAUAUAAAUGAAGAAGCUUUUAAACAUCCACAAACCGUACAAUUUCAAAGAGCCGCUCGAACGGACAAAGGUGUUUCUGCAGCUCGACAAGUAGUUUCAAUAAAAUUACCUGAAAUGCUUGACAUAGAAAAAAUUAACGAUAAUUUACCAGAAGUUAUUCGUAUUUUUGGUUAUAAAAGGGUUACAAAAGGUUUUAAUAGUAAAUCAAGUUGUGAUGCAAGAACAUAUUUUUAUAUGUUACCCACAAUAACAUUUUCUGAUAAAGAAGAAACUUCUCUUAAAGAUUUUCGAUUAAGUAAAUCAACUUUUGAAAAAGUUAACGAGUUAUUACAAAAAUAUAUCGGAACGAAAAAUUAUCAUAAUUUUACUUCAAAAAGACUCUCAAACGAUCCCAGUUGUAACAGAUACAUAUUAUCUUUCAUUUGUGAAGAACCCAUUAUAAGAAACGACAUAGAAUUCGCCGUUUUAAAAGUAAAGGGACAAAGUUUUAUUUUACAUCAAAUACGUAAAAUGAUUGGUUUAACAAUCGCCGUUAUCCGUGGUUACACAACCGAAGAAUCUUUCACAAGAGCAUUUUCUAAGGAAAAAAUUAAUAUUCCUAGAGCACCCGGUUUGGGUUUAGUGUUAGAUUUUGUCCAUUACGAUCGUUACAACGCGCGUUACGGUGAAGAUGGCAUGCACGAAACUUUAGAAUGGAAAGAAUUAGAUGAAACCGUUGAUCAAUUUAAAGAAAAAUAUAUUUAUCCAACUAUUAUUAAUACGGAAAUUAAUGAAAAUAAUAUGAUAAGUUGGUUAGAGAAGUUAUCUACUCAUUCUUUUGAUCUAACGGAUGAUGAUCAAAGAGGAGAUAAUGAAGAAGAUGAUGAGAAUUCAGACGAAAAACGUGAUGAUGUGGAAGAGAGUGUAGGUGUUGAUAAUAUGGACGAUUCUUUAAAAGAUAAAAUUGAAAGAGAUGAUAAAAAUGUUGUUGUAAAUUCUUAAGGAUAAAUUAUAAAAAAGU